GCCUGUCGUGCAACUCAUAUCAAAAACUCCUCGGGGAGGUUUAGGUCAAGAGCAGCUAGAGGGACGACAGAGAACGGUGCGGUGUCACGCUGGUCACGGAAUGUCACCUGCAUGUGAUGCAUCCCGAGAUGAUUCGUCACACACCGCCUCAGGCUCGCCACCGCUUCGGUCGUACACUCACAGUAACCCUCGCCGCAUCCGUAACGUCCUGCUCACUCGUGCUUGCCCACCAUGGACCGGCUAGAGAAUAUCUCCUCAACGCUCUCGCAGAUCACGAUGUACGACAUCAAGAGCAUGUACAACCAGGCAAAGAAUGUCGUCUUCAAUGUGAGCGAGAUGGAGGCGAAGGUCAGGGAGGCGACGAACGACGAGCCAUGGGGCGCGAGUUCGACGUUGAUGCAAGAGAUCUCCCAAGGGACGUUUAACUUCCAAAACUUCAACGAGAUCAUGCCGGCCAUCUACGCGCGUUUCAUGGAGAAGGAGGCACGACAAUGGCGACAGAUCUACAAGGCGCUGCAACUCCUUGAGUACCUCGUGAAGAAUGGCAGCGAACGUGUCGUUGACGACGCCCGCUCUCACAUUGCCACUGUCAAGAUGCUUCGGAACUUUUACUACGUAGAUGACAAGGGCAAAGAUCAGGGUCUGAACGUCCGGAAUAGGUCCAAGGAACUUGUGGACUUGCUUAGCGACGUGGACAAAAUCCGUGUUGAGCGCAGGAAGGCGAAGACAAACAAGAGCAAGUACACCGGAAUUGGGAACGACGCUAUGAGCUACACAUCAGGCGGGGGCCGGUAUGGCGGCUUCGGCAAUGACAGCGCCGGUUAUGGCGGUGGAGGCUCAGGAUAUGGAGGCGGAGGCGGAGGCUAUAGCGGAGACUACGGAAGCAGUUACUCGGGAUCGAGCUCUAGUGCAGGAGGCUUCCGGGACGAUGCGGGGAGAAGAGGCUUCCAGGAGUACGACGCAGGUGACGACGAGGAGUUGCCACGACGGUCGAACUCGGUCUCGUCCAGGCCGUCUACGCAGCGACGAGGCUCCGCCGCCCAGACAACUGCGGCUACGCCCAUAACACCCAAAGCUCCCGAGCGUGCUCCAAUAGUGGAUCUCCUUGGAAUGGACGACGAUUUCGCCAGCGCACCGGCCGGUACCGAUAAGGCGUUGCCGGCUGUUGCUCAGCCAACGACAACAGAUGCGCUCGAUGACGACUUCGACGACUUCCAAACAGCACCUGCGGCGGCGCCGGCGCCCGCUAUUCCUGUGGCACCGAUACUUGCCCAACCACAACAAAUGGCUGCUCCCCUCUUCGCUCAACAGGCACCAUUGCAGACAAUGACACCCCCUAUGCAAACGAUGAGCCCGCCCAUGACUUCCAUGAGCCCUGUGCAGAGCAUGCGCCCGGGUAUGCAGCCCAUGAACACGAACAGGAUGAGCAUGGGCAGCAUGACGGCCUCCCCUGCCACAACGACGUACGCGCGCCCGUCAUACAUGUCACCUACCACGGCGUCCAUGCAGCCGUCCAUUUUCCCAUCGCAACCCGCGCGGGCCAACACCAUGACCCCGCCUGCGACGACUGGAACGCCGAAGCCCGCCGCUAGCGCCAACUUCGAGGACUUGUGGUCCAUGUCCCUUGGAUCGCCGUCGGCAAGUAAGCCAGGUACGCCGGCCGCCGGUGCUAAGUCGAUAAAGGACUUGGAGAGGGAGAAGGCACAGGCCGGCAUCUGGGGAGCGACCAAUGCCCGGCCUGCGUCCGGUGUAGGCGCCUUUGGUGCGUUCGGGGCUGCUGGGAGUACUUCGACGCCGGCCGCGCAGACGUCCUCCUCGAACUCACAAGCCGGGAAUGGGUUGGACGAUCUGCUUUUCUAGGUGUUUGUGCGGUGUUCAAUCGGUAUUGCGUUUGUUACUAGUGUCACGUGGGUUACGACUACUAUCUAGAAAACUGUCUUUUCUGAGCUGAACUGGAUGAUGGAGAUCUC